AAAAAAUUGUGAUUUGUUGUUUUUGGGCGUGGAGCUGCUUAAAAAUAUUUUAAUAAAUUUCAUUCGAAAACUAGACAAAACAAUUGGAAAUAAACACAAACAUUAUGGGAGCCAGUAAUCGUAAUACACGAAUAGCAGUUGGAAUAUCAGGAUUUGCAUUUUUGCUAUUUGUAAUAGCAUUUGCAACACCCUAUUGGUUAGUCACAGACGGACGUCUACAAAAUCCUCGUUUCACAAAUUUGGGCUUAUGGGAAGUGUGCUUUAAUGGCUUCCAAGAUAUACACAGAUUCUACGAUACACUCUUCACGGGCUGUAUGUGGGUAUUCGAAGAGGAAUACUAUAUUAUACAUGACUUUCUGUUGCCUGGCUUUUAUAUAGCCGUACAAGUGUUUGCUACCCUGUGUUUUGUUAUGUGUUUAAUCGCCCUACCAUUAACGUUGUCUUUCCUGCGUACGUCCCGUGAUGAUGAUCGUUAUGUAUUCUUGCUGUUGACCAUAGGUUCUUGUCAAGUGUUGGCUUCUUUGUUUGGUUUCUUAGCAGUGGUAAUAUUCGGUGCCAAGGGUGAUUCGCGUGAUUGGAUGCCUCAUUGGCAAAAUAAUGACAUGGGCUGGUCAUUUGCUUUGGCUGUAGUUGGUGCCGUCUUCCUGUUACCCGGUGGAGUUUUAUAUAUGAUUGAAGCUAGACGUGAACGUUAUAAGCGUCUUAAUGAGAUCAGUAACCGUGAGGCUAUAAGUGAAUACGGUGGCGAUGUUGACUACUAUCAGCAUGCUGCUCAACAAGAACUGCAACGUCAACAGCAGCAACAACCACCACCACAGAUUGUCCAAUCUUAUCAAGCGCCUGAAACUAGCAGACCAAGACGUCCCCAACCGGGUCAUCGUACACCCACAGCUCCUCCAACGGUGGCUAUUAUUGGCGGUGGCAUCCAAACUGAUAUAUAGAUGCAGCGUACGUAAGUAAAACGUAUUUUUGUCGAAACAUAUCCGUCCAAAACGCAUCACACAUUUGCUGCUAAAAGGUCAUAAUUCAAAAUCUAAAGAUUUUUUCCAUAAUUUUUAAAUUAUCCAACAAAUAAUCUUAAAAUCAAAAAACUUAUGAAUCUCUUUCUAUAAUGUUCUUAAAAAUGAUUGGAAAAUUACUAUAAAUCAAACUUGGUUUAUGACCCUUUAGUAGUCAAUGAGCGACUUGUAUUUGUAGUCUUGUUUUUAAUUUUGUCCACUAUUUGUCAUAGCUAUUAAGUAUUUGUAUAGUCUAACUCGAAAUUUUGUUAUCCGAAUAUUUUUGAGGCCUUAAACAAAAAGUACUGUAUUUUACUGGUAUUGCCUUUUAUAUACAUACAUUUAUAUUUUACUAAAACAUGUCCAAUAUUUUAUAUAGCAUGCUAUAUUUUUCUCUACAAUUAAACCACAUUCCAAUUUUUACUAGCUGAUGUAAGUUUAAAAUUGUCAUGUAUUUUACGAAUCAAUAAAGUAUUUUUUACAAAUUUUUAUGAAAAACA